AUGGCCACUUCCAUUUUGGCCACAACCCUGUUCGUUGGUGCUACCUUGAAGAGUUUGCUGUUGAUGCUCACCUCAUCUGGGACACAGGCGAAACCGAAACCGUAUAGAAUCUCUUGCGACGCAUGUUCUCGCCCACUUGGGCACUACAAAAUGACCCACACGGUCUGGCCUCCCGUACCGUUCGGUGGAAAGACACACCCCAAUUUGGUGCGCUCUCCGCUCCGGUCAAGAUUGUGA